GCCGGACAAGCAGUUGGAGUGUGUGAAUCAAGAGCUGCAGCUCACAGAACCUCGCCUCCCCCCGAUCCACGUGGUGUCCUUAUUCUCCAGCAUAGUCCCUUCAAAGCACAAGUUCCCGGGACCCUGGGAGAUUCAGGUGAAGAAGGACGGGCCACACAAGCUGGGAGCCCUUCGCGGUCCUAAGGCCGAAAGGGUGUGGUGAAGAACACUGUUUCAGGGAAGACCUGCCGUGCCUGUGGGUGUGAUGGCCAGACCUCUCGACCUCUCUUAAUUACCUCCUGAGAGGAAUCUCAAAUCAUAAUGGAUGCUGAGUAUGUCCUGUGCAAUUGGAAAGGCCACGUCUGGCCAGCAAAGGUUUUGUCCAGAGCUAGGACCUCACCAAGACAUAAGACGAAAGGGGCACUUUUUCUCGAAGUCGAAAUACUCUCAGUAGACGAAAAAAUUAAAGUGAAAACCGCAGACACAAAGAUCCUAAAUGAGUCUCAAAUUGAAUACGUUGCCUCCUUGCUGAUAGCCGAGCCGAAGGCCAGUGUCCCACCAGGACAGGAAGUGCCCUACAGAAACGCUCUUGCAGUGGCCCUAGAGAUUCUGAAUGAGAGAGCGAACUUGGGUCCAGCAAGAGCAUCAGAUGAUCCAGAGACCACAAAGGGGACCCCAAAAGCGUCCCAAAGGGGACCACAAAAGCGAUCUCGUAAAAAGUUCCGGAAGCCCAAAGGGAGCUUACUGAGGCGUCUUAGGAGAAGCAAAAAACUCAGAUCGCUGCUGGUAUGCUCACAGACUGAGGACGCCCCAGGCAGUGGCCAACCACAGGCACACAGAACCGUCACGCCUAUUCCCAGGAAAACGCGAGCGGAGCCCUCACAAAGCUCCAGCGUGUACCCAAACUUCCCAUCACGUGCAGAAGAAGACUAUGAGAAAGAGGGCAAGGAAAAGAGGCACACCUUGAGAGUCAGGGCCUUGCAUCGCCCCGUCAAGGAGGAGGGUACAGGUGCUAAAGAUGGAGGCACCCUUCCAUCUCCGCCACCAGGUUUCAACCUCACUGUACCCAAGGCUCUGAAAGAAGAGGCCCAUGACACCUACCCAAAGACCCUGGCCGUCUCCUCCGAAUGCUCUGCCCUCUCCGGGAAUGUUGAGGACCAUGGAGAGGGUCCCCGGAAGCCAGGCUUGGAAGGUGCGGCGGCACCCUCCAGCGCCCCUCCUCCGAGGCUGCGUUCUUCACUCCGUCUGGCAAAUAAAAAAAGGAAGCUGCAGGCACUAGAGUUUGAGAAAGGGCUGCAAGGACUUCAGCCUUCAGUCAACUCGAAGGCCGUUAACCCCACCACUGCUAUCAGAAAGGAUGUCGGCAAGGAAAUGGGGCAACCGAUAACCAUGGCUUUUCCACAAGAGCCCUGUCCCAUUGAAGGAGGAAUGAUGGUCUGGUUUAAAUUUCAAAAUCACCCAUUUUGGCCAGCAGUGGUAAAGAGUGUCAGCCAAACAGAGCAGACCGCAAGGGUGCUUUUGAUUGAGGCAAACAUGCCCUGUGAAAUGAGUGGCAUUCAAGUUCCUCUUCGAAGAUUAAAACAUCUGGACUGUAAGGAGAAGGAAAAACUCAUGAAGAGAGCCGGGAAAGUGUACGAGCAGAGUGUGAACUGGUGCUUCUCCCUGAUUUCCCACUACAGAGAAGGGCUCGGUCGUGGGUCUUUUGCGGGCUCUUUCCUGGACUAUUACGCCGCUGAUAUCAGUUACCCAAUUAGGAAAGCCAUCAAGGAUGGGGACGUGGAGAUCGAUUUCCCAAAGGUGAAUUAUGCCGACCUGGAAGAUUCUGAGGAGGAGGCCUCCCUGGGUGGGAGGAGGCCCCACAAGAAAAUUCUCCCGGACCGGAUGAGGGCUGCUCGGGACCGAGCCAACCAGAAGCUCGUGGACUUCAUUGUGAAAAGAAAGGGAGCCGAUCACCACCUCCUGGACAUCGUCAAAGGCAGGAAACAGUCCAGGUGGCUGGCAUCGUUUCUGAAUUCAAGCCGGUACGUGAUCUGCAUUGAAACAUACCUGGAGGAUGAAGACCAGUUGGAUGUCGUGGUAAGACAUUUACAAGAAAUCUACAAACAGAUAGACAAGAAAAUGCUGACUCUGGCAAGAGAUGACAAGGUGAGUUUUGUUCUGGAAGUUCUUCUGCCAGAAGCAAUCAUUUGUUCAAUUGCCGCACUUGAUGGAUUAGGUUACGAGGAGGCAGAACAAAAGUACCUAAAGGGGCCACCGGUGCAUUACCGGGAAAAGGAGCUAUUUGAUAAAAAUAUUGUAAAGGGAAUGAGAAAGAGAGCGGCAACCAAGGGCAAAGCCAAAUAACUCUUCUUGUGCCCACACUUUAGCAGGGAGACCUCUCACUGCCCUGUCUGUAUGAAAUGUGUGAUCCUUCCAUCCUGUACGGCAUGUAACUUACAUCCUGUAAAUUUGCGGCCCUGGGAACAUGCUGCAUUCCUUUUGCAUCCAUCUCUAGCACCUGCGGGUAGCACGGCCGUCAUCAUGUCUGGUUCCCAAACGCUUCACAAACUAACUUGUUAAUUAGUUUGUUAACCUGUUAAUUUGUUUUUAGUUUGUAAGCUUAACUAAUUUGUUAAGUGCUGCAAACAGUUGUACUUCCCGCUACUUGCUUGGACGUGUAGUUAUCCAGAUGUCUUCAUAACGUUGCUUUUGACAGUACUUUGUGCUUUAAUAUAGGGGGCACAUUCUUUUACUACGUGAAAGACCCCUGGUGUCAGACAUCGAGCCACGAUCGUUUUUAAAAACCUCAGAUAGGUGUUUGCAGAAACAUCACAUGGAUUUCUCAUUCUUUCUGCAAGGCCUCAGUAUAAAUGAUCUGAUCGCUUUCUCAAGGUAAUUCCUAAAUUCGAUCUGCCACGCUCAUCUCUUUGGAAAAAUAGCCCUGAGGGGCGAAGCCAACAGCAGAGCUGUUUUGUUUUCUAUAUAUUGCCACUACCUUCAAAUGGUUCUUGGCAAAGCAGUCUGGAAUCCAAAGUUAAUGGGUCAUCUGCCCACAGUCCACGUGUGGGUGAACGAAAUCUCAACGGGCAGGAAGCCUUCGGUCAGCCUGUGCAAGAUGGUUGACUCGACGCUUCCCUCACAUUCCGCUUAGGGAAGUAGCUCUUGUUCGAUGGCUAAAGGGUUUCCUAAAAACAGGCUCCUGGCUGUCUUCCUAGCUGACCGGAUGCUUUACACGUGGUGUUUCAUCCCCAUGUGGAAGACAACGAGAGUAAUCAUACACAAAGCUUAGCUA